UUACCUGUUGGGUAUCUGGGUGCAGGCGCUCUCCCUAUGUGUACGUCUGGACGGUGUAUAGCAGGUGAUUGUAGCUGUGUUGUGCGGUACUCUAGUGUGUGUGAUUACCUGUAUAGUGUGUGAUUACCUGUUGGGUAUCUGGGUGCAGGCGCUCUCCCUAUGUGUACGUCUGGACGGUGUAUAGCAGGUGAUUGUAGCUGUGUUGUGCGGUACUCUAGUGUGUGUGAUUACCUGUAUAGUGUGUGAUUACCUGUUGGGUAUCUGGGUGCAGGCGCUCUCCCUAUGUGUACGUCUGGACGGUGUAUAGCAGGUGAUUGUAGCUGUGUUGUGCGGUACUCUAGUGUGUGUGAUUACCUGUAUAGUGUGUGAUUACCUGUUGGGUAUCUGGGUGCAGGCGCUCUCCCUAUGUGUACGUCUGGACGGUGUAUAGCAGGUGAUUGUAGCUGUGUUGUGCGGUACUCUAGUGUGUGUGAUUACCUGUAUAGUGUGUGAUUACCUGUUGGGUAUCUGGGUGCAGGCGCUCUCCCUAUGUGUACGUCUGGACGGUGUAUAGCAGAUGUUACUCCUCUUAUAACAGCCGUCAGCCAAGUCUACCCCGAGCUGAGGACAGAGGGUGUCCGCCCCACAGCAGCGGCAGCAUAGUGUCGCCUUCAUGUGUAUAUCCUUAACACUUCUUGAUCAUGUCUUCUCGUGACAGACGCCCUGAUCUCUGCAUCAAGGCAGAACCAGGAACGCCAGAAAGCAUUGGACGCCGGAGCCCUAGUGGAUCUAGUGAUAGUAGUGGACAUGGGCCAGAACCACAGGGUCCACGCUGCUGCAGGGCGGGUGAUGAUGAACAAGAAGAUACACCUGGAAGAGGCAAAUAUGUCCUAAACUCGAUCCCUAAAAGGCUCUGCCUGGUGUGUGGCGACGUGGCGUCUGGAUACCACUAUGGAGUUGCUUCCUGUGAAGCCUGUAAAGCUUUCUUCAAACGUACUAUACAAGGCAAUAUUGAGUACAGCUGUCCUGCUACAAACGAGUGUGAAAUUACCAAACGAAGACGUAAGGCAUGCCAAGCUUGUCGGUUUACUAAGUGUCUUCGGGUGGGCAUGCUUAAGGAAGGGGUGCGUUUAGACCGUGUAAGAGGAGGGCGACAGAAAUAUAAGAGGAGACCAGAAGGAGACAUUCUACAAUAUACACCAGGAGGACAACAAUCCCAGCAAAGUACAACCGUAGUAAAAAAACAAACUCCAGUGAACACUGUGGUCUCACAUCUGCUGGUGGCAGAGCCCGAUAAGCUGUUUGCUAUGCCAGACCCAGCACUUCCCGAUGGCUACUUAAAAUCCAUGAGCACAUUGUGCGACCUCGCAGAUCGAGAGAUUGUCAUUAUUAUCAGCUGGGCCAAGAAUAUCCCAGGUUUUUCUUCCCUUUCUUUAUCGGACCAGAUGAGUCUCUUGCAGAGCGUCUGGAUGGAGGUUCUCCUCUUGGGGGUCGUGUUCCGCUCCCUUCCUUAUGAAGAUGAAGUUGUGUUUGCUGAGGAUUUUGUCUUGGAUGAGGAAUCCUCACAUUCUGCCCGUCUGUCUGACCUCUGCUCCUGCGUUCUUCAUCUGGUGCGCAAGUAUCGGGCCUUGCGUGUGGAAAGAGAGGAAUAUGUCAUGUUAAAAGCCCUCACCCUUACAAAUUCAGACUCUGUGCACAUUGAAGACCCAGAUGCAGUUUUACGUCUCCGUGAUGCGCUACAAGAAGCACUUAGUGAAUAUGAAUCAAGUCGCCACCCUGAAGAACCCUGUCGUGAUGGGAAAUUGCUUCUUACACUCCCCUUACUACGCCAGACUGCUGGCAGGGUCCUCCAACACUUCCAUGCCCUACGAGAAGAAGGGACUGUCCCUAUGCACAAGCUUUUCCUAGAGAUGCUAGAAGCCAUGAUGGAUUAAGAUCGAAGAAAUCCCAUGUACUUUCCUUGUAAAUGACCCAAGGAAUGCAAGCUGGGGCUACAUAAUGAAUGUAUAGGACAUGCAAACCAAGUAAUUUUAUUUUAAUGCACACAUUCUUCCUCUAAUACAUUAUAGACUGAUAAGGAAGAUACCCCAGAUUUGGUGCAGGCAUGUAUGCAAUAUGAAAUGGAUAUACAUGGACAUUAUCAAACAUAGCAAGAAGCUAUGUGGCAUCAAAGUGUUAGGUAUUUUUUAUUUAAUUUUGCAAACGGCGGGUAUCCUAUGGUAGAAUAAGCCAUAGGAAGAAAUGCUGGGUGUCCUUCCAUCCCUCAAACAUAUUCUUGAGCCAUAACCUUCUCCCAUGAGCAAGCAAUAGGACACGUCACACCAUUACAAGGCAUUCGGGAAGGCCUUUCACUUUUUUCACGUUUUGUUAUGUUGCGGCCUUUUGCUAAAAAAAAAUAAAAAACUGGUUUCCCCCCAUUAAUCUACACUCUGUACCCCAUAAUGAGAAAGCGCAAACAGUAUUUUAGGCUACUUUCACACUAGCGUUCGGGUUUCCGUUCGUGAGCUCCGUUUGAAGGAGCUCACGAG